CAAAUAAAACAUAAACAAACAAAAAAUAAGCAUAUCUAAUGCCUUGCCAAGCAAAGAGUAGGCGCAGGAACGUUUAAAUGAGAAAAAAAUGGGCCUGGUGGUUGCAAAUUCUCCCUAUUCCUCGAAAUGUUCUGAGUUGUAACAAUAUUAACUGAUAAGGGAGUUUCCGGUUUUUAAAAAUAUUCUUGAUAGUUUAACUUGGUGAUCAUCUAGGUUUAAAGCCAGACGCCUCAGCGGUUCCAGGUCCUGAUGAGGAAAGCCGGGGACUGGGGCUGGCCUGGGCUGGACGCAAAGAGGCUGACCCUGUUCGUCUCCCGGGGUUGGCAGGUCCGAGCCAGGCGGCGGCGCUUUUCGCUCUAGGUUUUUUGCAACCUUGUAAGGAAGUGGGCGCGGGCUGCGCGGAGUCGGCGCCUCCUGACUGGCCGGCCUCCGCUGUGAUUGGCAGGGCCCGGCACUCCACCCCCGCCGCUUUAUUGACACUAAUGAGCAAGUUCUUCCCACCGCUCUCCUGACUGGAAGUGCUGACAGAUCAAGGCAACAAAUUUCAAUUACAAUCCCUAAUUUGUGUCCGCAGAGUGUUUUUUACCCAUGUUAGUGCUCUUUGGCGCAUCAGUCGAGGCAGAUCUUGGAAGAGCAGGAAGCGGUGGAAGGGGUGGGAGCGAAGGAAUGCAUCAGUGAGAGAGAGCGCGCGAGAGACCGAGCAAGGGAAACUUGGCGGGCGCGCUGUUAGUUCCUCGGAUCCCAACACAAGCGAGAAAGAGGAAACGCCAAAUUUGUUUUUUUGCCCGCGGCGGGGAAGGGGGCAGAUCUCGGCCUGCGGGAGGCCCCAAGAGUCGUUCAAAUUUUGGAGGGGGAAGGAGAGGGAGUGUGCGCGUGUGCCUGCGUGAGUGUAUAUGAGCGAGGGGCGGGCGGGCGCCUGGCGGCGGGGAUGGCCGAGAAGCGGAGGGGCUCGCCGUGCAGCAUGUUAAGCCUUAAAGCGCACGCCUUCUCCGUGGAGGCGCUGAUCGGCGCCGAGAAGCAGCAACAGCUUCAGAAGAAGCGGCGGAAGCUGGGCGCGGAAGAGGCGGCCGGGGCGGUAGAUGAUGGAGGCUGCAGCCGCAGCGGCGAAAAGGGCUCUUCAGAAGCAGACGAAGGCGCUGCACCCCCGCCGCCGACCGGGACGGCGUCCGGGCCCGCCCGGAGCUGCGCGGACCUGGAGCUGAGCUGCGGCUCCCGUGGAGCCGCGGGAGGCUGUGAGGAUGGCUUCGUCCAGGGCGCUUCCCCACUGGCGUCCCCGGGAGGCUCCCGGAAGGGCUCCCCGGUGCCCGCCCUGGCCAGGCCCGGGACCCCGCUGCCCUCACCGCAGGCCCCGCGGGUGGAUCUUCAGGGAGCUGAGCUCUGGAAGCGCUUUCACGAGAUCGGCACGGAGAUGAUCAUCACCAAGGCGGGCAGGCGCAUGUUUCCAGCAAUGAGAGUGAAGAUCUCAGGAUUAGAUCCUCAUCAGCAAUAUUAUAUUGCCAUGGAUAUUGUGCCAGUGGACAACAAAAGAUACAGGUAUGUUUACCACAGCUCCAAGUGGAUGGUGGCUGGAAACGCUGACUCCCCGGUGCCACCCCGGGUGUAUAUUCAUCCAGACUCGCCUGCCUCAGGAGAGACUUGGAUGAGACAAGUGAUCAGCUUUGACAAGCUCAAGCUCACCAACAAUGAACUGGAUGACCAAGGCCAUAUUAUUCUUCAUUCUAUGCACAAGUACCAACCACGUGUCCAUGUCAUCCGUAAAGACUGCGGCGAUGAUCUUUCUCCUAUCAAGCCUGUGCCAUCUGGUGAAGGAGUGAAAGCAUUCUCCUUUCCAGAAACUGUCUUCACGACGGUUACGGCCUAUCAGAAUCAGCAGAUUACUCGCCUGAAGAUAGAUAGAAAUCCAUUUGCCAAAGGCUUCCGAGACUCUGGGCGUAACAGAAUGGGUUUAGAAGCUCUUGUGGAGUCAUAUGCAUUCUGGAGACCUUCACUACGGACUCUCACCUUUGAAGAUAUUCCUGGAAUUCCCAAGCAAGGAAACGCAAGUUCUUCCACCUUACUCCAAGGUUCUGGGAAUGGCGUCGCUGCCACCCACCCUCAUCUUUUGUCUGGCUCCCCUUGCUCCUCUCCUGCCUUCCAUCUGGGGCCCAAUACCAGCCAGCUGUGUAGUCUGGCUCCAGCAGACUACUCCGCCUGUGCCCGGUCUGGCCUCACCCUCAACCGAUACAGCACGUCCUUGGCCGAGACCUACAACAGGCUCACCAACCAGACCAGCGAGACCUUCGCCCCGCCCCGGACUCCCUCCUACGUGGGCGUGAGCAGCAGCGCCUCGGUGAACAUGUCCAUGGGCGGUGCUGAUGGGGACACGUUUAGCUGCCCACAGACCAGCCUGUCCAUGCAGAUAUCGGGGAUGUCCCCGCAGCUGCAGUACAUCAUGCCUUCACCCUCGGGCAACGCCUUUGCUGCUAACCAGACCCAUCAGGGUUCCUAUAACACUUUCAGGUUACACAGCCCCUGUGCCUUGUACGGAUAUAACUUUUCCACAUCCCCCAAGCUGGCUGCCAGUCCUGAGAAAAUUGUUUCUUCCCAAGGAAGUUUCUUGGGGUCCUCACCGAGUGGGACCAUGACCGAUCGGCAGAUGUUGCCCCCUGUGGAAGGAGUGCACCUGCUUAGCAGUGGGGGUCAGCAGAGUUUCUUUGACUCUAGGACCCUAGGAAGCUUAACUCUGUCAUCAUCUCAAGUGUCUGCACAUAUGGUCUGAUGAAGCCUUUAAGUUAAAUUACUUUUGAAUUGAUCUUAUGUAUUUUCUUUCUUUAUUGUCUUGUUUUGAAAGCAAUAUGAAAAGAAACUAUCAGUAGCUUGUAAAAUGUACAUACAAUGGAGAAUGGAGCCUCACUGAGUUUUUUUACUUUCUCAUGGUGAGAUUGUAAUUAUCUAUGGUGUAUAUGUAUGCUGUAUUUAGCAUGUGGAGUUUCGAAGCCUACAAAAACCACACCCUCCCUGUUUUCCCCUCUACUUCACCCAGUUGCACAGCGUAUUGGCAUAAGUGUAGCCUGUUUAGCCGAAGUUCUCAGACUCUUUCAAAAACCAAACAGCAAAUUUAAAACUUGGCAAUGAUACUAACCAGACUAAGACUUAUAACAAGGUAUCAGAAAAAUGCUCCAUACAGUUUUAUACUUGAGUGUUGAUAACCAGCACAUGGAAUCUUGUGAUUUCUGUUAUUGUUGGGUACAGUGUGAGAAACUAAAAUGCAACAGCCAACUGAAGUCUUAGUAUUAGUUCAGAAGUAUUUAUAAUCAUGAAGGAUUAGCUUUUGUGUUCCUGCUUGCUCUUAUCACAGAUACUAGAUGUCUGUGGUUCUGUAAAAACCCAUAAUCCACAAUAAUUAUUUUCCUAAGGAAGGCGGAGGAGAAGCUUGUGAUAGUUUUCAUUUUCCAUUGAGCAUAUAAGAGAUAUUCAUUCAUCUGCAGAGAAUAAAUUUCCAGUAUUUUGGAUUUUUUCCUCAUUUUAUUUAGUUUAUCAAGUAGACCGUUAAAGAAUGUUCUAUAAAUAUUUUUAAGUUCCAAUUUCACUAGGGAAAGAAUAUAUGAGUGGAAUGGCAAAGAGAAAAUAAAUCCAUGUCAAAUUCUUUGAUCCCAAUGAGAAAUGCUUAUCUUUUUAAAUCAAGAAGAAUAAUAAUUGUCAGCUACCCCUUAGAUUUUUAUAGUGUGGUUUUUUAUUCAGAAUAUUUUUUCCAUCUUGCUUUGAGACUCCUGACCCAUGGUCUAUAAGUAAGGAAAAAGGCAUUUAUGCUACUUAUUUAUGUCCUGUAACUCCUACAAAUUGAAAUCUCCACCCUCCUUAACCCUGUCCCUCAGUGUGAGUCAUUCCCAAAAUGGAUAUAUUCUGCAUGGUGUUAAAUAACGCCAUAAAGAAUUUCAGGGGGUUAUCUCCAACAAUCUGUCUUUUGGGGGCUGUAGUGCAAAGGCCAAAGCCCAUUACUAUAAAGCCUCUCUUGGAGGACUAGGAGGAAGAUACUAAUUAUGAUAAAGGAGCUAUAAAACUUUUAACCCCCAACAGCAUUUCUAACCUCAAAACCAGAAAAAUGAAAACAUUGAUUACAAAAACCCCUAAAAUAAUGUAUACCUGAUUUUAAAAUGUCAAAACAAGUAACCUUGAUAGUUCUUAUGAGAUGAAUAGGAAAGGCUAAGAAUGCAUGAUGGGAACAAUGGCAUAUGUCUGUUGAGAAACUAAAACAAUGUCCAUUGCCUCACUAUAGCUCAUGUAUUUCCAAGCUAAAGCAAUAUGAUUGCCUCUCAGCGCUAAACAGUUGCUUUAACUCAUCCCUAGUUUAGAUGGGGAAAGAGUGUAGCUCCUGAUUUUCUUCACUUUAAAGCAGCAUGGCUGUUGAAUGUUUUGGAGGAUUACUAUUUCAACAGGAUUUGCACAGGAUGUGACUGUGUUUAUAGAUAUUGAUAAGUUUCUUUGUGCAUUCUGUAACAGUUCAUCAAAUUAAUUUUUUUUAAAUUUAAGAUUAGCAUGGAGGGACAUGAAAUAUUUCCAAUAGGUAGAUCUAUAUGAGGUAUUUGUGUAUGGUAUUAAAAGCUUGACAAAGAUUUGGGGAAAGUCCUCAUGAGUACAUCCCAGCCUUAGUGCUUAGUAUAAUUUAAGGAGAACAAGAGAGUUUUUCAUCUUCAGGAAACAUGCAAGUGAUAAUCUAUACCCAUAUAUAUUAAUAAGAUAAACAUUUUCCUUUUGCUAUUAUUAAUUUGAGAUGAAACCACAAGUAUUAUUAAUCUUUUUUUGAUUUAGCAAUAUUGUACAAAGGCUGUCUCCUUUAGGUUAUACUGUAAAUAUUAAUCACCAUGUCACUUCAAUGGCUAGGCUUUUAUCAUUAUAUUAAAUGACAUAUAUGCAUUGAUAAUUAUAAUUAUAUAUCUGUAUUUUAUUAAAAAGUGCCUGAGAAAUUAUAUAUUAAAGUGUGUUACUAAACCCUU